AUGGAGCAGAAGACGAUGAUAAUGUGCCGGCACCGAGGCAGCUCACACUGGAGAGGCAGCUCAACAAGUCCGUGCUCAUCGGCUGGACUGCUCCUGAAGGAGUGCAGCAAGCCAACAUCGAGAGCUACCACGUGUACGUCGAUGGAGUACUCAAGACGACUGAAGGCCUCAGAACGCACACGAGCGCUCGUGGAAGGAGUAGACUCAAAUCGGCCGCAUCGCAUCAGCGUGCGGUCGGUGACAGUAUCGCGACGCACAUCAAGAGACGCAGCUUGCACAAUGGUGAUCGGUAGAGACACAGCCAACAUGGGCCCAACUUGUGUCAGGGCCAGUGGAGUGACCUGCUCCCAGGCGGUGAUCUCGUGGCUACCCGCUAACUCAAACCACCAGCACGUCGUCUGUGUUAAUAACGUUGAAGUUCGAACAGUGAAACCAGGGGUGUACCGUCAUACUAUCACAGGUUUAUCACCAAGCACACAGUAUCGGGUAACCGUAAGGGCUAAGCAUUUAAGAGCUGGUCCACCACAGUCUGGGAUUCCGAUCGAAGAGGCUCCGGGAGCUUACACAGACUUCAGAACUCUGCCUAAGGGACUGCCGGACCCACCAAAUGAAAUUAUGGUGGAAGCGGGACCUCAGGACGGGACCCUGCUGGUGACUUGGCAGCCGGUCCUGCGCCCGCCCGCCUCGGGCCCCGUCACUGGGUACGCUGUGUACGCCGAUGGCAAGAAGGUGACCGACGUGGAUUCUCCAACCGGUGACCACGCUCUCAUCGACAUUGGCAAACUGAUCGGCCUCAAUCCUAAAUGUGUCACCGUACGUACAAAGUCUCGAGACAGUCAGUCUAGUGACAGUGCACCGACGCCGAUACCCCCCGCGGUCCUGCGCGGUGUAGCGACGCGCAUGCCGCGCGGGCCAGGGCCGGGGCCCAACCAGCCGGGCCCCGUAGGGUACCGGGGCGGCCCCGUGCAGCGCCCCCAGCCCUACCAGCACCACCAGCAAGUUAUCGAGCACGAUGAGAAUCUCUCCGAUAAGGAGAUAUUCCCAUCUGCUAACAGACACGACCCACACGCAGCUCAGCCUACGAGUGGAUUCGGCACAGGCCUCCUAAAGAGUAUAUUCGACAAAAUAACCCCUUCGCAAUCGGGGAUACCGGCCAUCGAAAUCACUAAAGAGAGCACGACGGAGCCUGGUAGCGAGGACGAGGAGGCGACGCGCCGCCGCCCGCAGCAACCGUCCCAACCAACGCAAGCGUCGCAGCAGCAAUCGGGUCAGCCGUACCCGAGUACACAAGCCUACCAUGGCACGCAGCAACCCCAAUAUCCACCAGCCGGCCAGUUCCAAAGUAACCCGGCGUACCCCGGGGCGGGCGGGGGCCCCGGCGCGCCGCAGCAGUACCAGAACCCUCCUCCCCGCAACCACCACGAGCGAGGCCGCCCUCCUAACCCUCACCAGGUCGGACAUCACAACGAGCAGCAACAACAACAGCAGCAACAACAACAACAGCAGCAGCAACAGCAACAGAACCAGCAGGGCAGCGGCAUGCAGUACACAGCGCGCGGGGGCCCGCCACCGGGGCCCCGCGGGCCCCAGCCGGGCGCCAGGCAUGCACAAGCCCAUCCUCAGUCGAAGAGAAGCCGCUACUUCAUCGCCCUAUUUGACUACGACCCAACCACCAUGAGCCCGAACCCUGAAAGCUGUGACGAAGAACUGCCAUUCAGUGAAGGAGAUACUAUCAAGGUUUGGGGUGACAAAGACGGCGACGGUUUUUACUGGGGCGAGUGUAGAGGUCGCCGUGGCUACGUGCCUCACAACAUGGUGAUGGAAGUGUCGGAACAAGAGGUCACUGGCCAGCCUCCCAAGCGAGACCGCUGGGCCGACGCCUACGCCAACCAGCCAGUAAGACGCAUGGUCGCACUCUACGACUACGACCCUCAGGAACUCAGUCCCAAUGUGGAUGCAGAUGCUGAGCUGAGCUUCCAAACGGGUCAAAUCAUCCACGUGUACGGAGACAUGGAUGACGAUGGGUUCUACAUGGCUGAAAUUGACGGCGUCCGUGGUCUUGUUCCGAGCAACUUCCUCGCCGAUGCAAACGACCAGUACGGGGCACCUGGUCAGGGCAAUCAAGGGGUCGCGGGCAUGUCGUCGGGCGCUAAUGCAGGGCGCGGGGCGGGGCGGGGGCGCGGCGCCGGUCCACUGCCCGGGCCGGGGGCGCGCGGGCCCCCGCCCCCGCCGCGCGAGAACGUGGCGCACCACGGGGCACACGGGGCCCACGGCGCGCAUGGGGCGCAGGCCGCGCCGCGUAACCAGCACCGCCGCGCAGAUGCCUGCCCUCCUUCCUCUAUGUUAGACCACAACACAUGCGCCAGUAAUCCAGAACAGGCGAAUUCUCAGCAUGAUACACAGAGUGACUUAGGUAUUGAUGCGAGGGCGAGAGGCGCGGCGAGCGGGCCGGCGCCGAACACGAUCGCGCGCACGAGCGCUGGUAACACCGGCACUCCGCCCGUGCAGUCGCCCGCCGCGCCCCCGCCCGGCGCCGCCCCCGGGGGGCCAGGGUCGCUGGGGGCGCUGGGCGCUCCGACCCCCGCCUCGCCGGCGCGGCGCGCAGGCCCCGCCGUGGUGCCGGCGCCCAACGUGCAGGUUCCCGCGACGUCGACCCCGGCCACGCAGCCCAACCUCAUGCAGAAGUUCUCCGAAAUGACGGCGCCGGGAGGGGACAUCCUCAGCAAAGGCAAAGAACUAAUUUUCAUGAAAUUUGGGCUGGGGGGGAAAUAG